GCACAAAGCCAACAUGGCAAUGGUGUUCGUACAGAUCAUCUACGCAGGAAUGCCAUUGCUCUCAAAAGUGGCCAUCUCUCAAGGAACCAACCCUUUUGUCUUCGUUUUCUAUAGACAAGCCUUCGCAGCUAUUACCUUGUCCCCUUUCGCAUUCUUCCUUGAAAGCUCGAAGUCCUCCCCUCUAUCGUUCGCCUUGUUGCUCAAAAUAUUCUUUAUCUCCUUAUGCGGACUUACGUCGAGUCUUAACCUCUACUAUGUGGCCAUUGACAACACCACC